AUGCCUCCACAUCUUCACCCACGGUCCCGGUCAACAACCGGCUUGUUCGCCGGCACUCUCCUCGCAUCCCUCCUGGUCGUCGGCAUGCCACACGUCUUCCCUUGUCCUGCCCCGCGUCGUACAUUCGCCGACUCAGAAAUGACCAUGACAGCCGAUGGGCAACAAGUGCCACGCAUGCGACGCCGUCGACGAAAAGAAAUGCAGCUGGAUUCUGAGAUUCCUCGUCCCGAGCACCCGGCAUCUUCCGGCGUCGUAGACGAGGAGGUGUCUACAUUUUUACAUAUGGAGGAGGAAGCACAGAGGCUGGCUAGUGUUGGACACGAAUGUCCUGUGCCAAAGCCUAAGGGUGUUUUAGGUCAAUGGCUCGGCUUUCAGGGUGUUCGUGAGAGCGAGCAGCACCACGCGUCUGCUAAUGGGGCUCGAUAG